AUGUCCUCACCCACCACCACCACACCAACCCACAAACUCACCCCCCUCGCAACCCUCACACCGCCCUCCAACUCGCGGACCUGGCAAUCCGCGCCGCACCCCUCCCUCCCCAUCGUCGCAACCGCGUGCUCCGACCGCAGCGUUCGCGUCUACAGCUUAACCUCCUUCACGCUCCUACAUUCUAUAACGGGUGGGCACAAGCGCAGCGUGCGGACUGUAUCAUGGAAACCUAAUACACGAGGGCAGAGUGUGUUGGCGACUGGGAGUUUUGAUUCUAGCGCUGGGAUAUGGCGAAGGGAAGUAAAUGGUGGAGGACGCGAAGAGGACUUUACGGGUAGAAGAAUCGGCGCUGCGGAAGACGACUCCGACAACGAACGCGACGAAGCAGACGACUACCAAUUCUCCUGCAUCCUCGACGGCCACGAAUCCGAAAUCAAAUGCCUCGCGUGGAGUCCCUCUGGCCAAUACCUAGCAACGUGCUCCCGCGACAAGAGCGUGUGGAUAUGGGAGGAGCUCGAAGACGAUAACUUUGAAACCGUGGCUGUGUUGCAGGAACAUGACGGCGAUGUCAAGAGCGUGGCGUGGCACCCCGAGGAAGAUUUACUGGUUAGCACGAGUUACGAUGAUACGGUUCGGUUGUACAAGGAGGAUGCGGAUGAUUGGGUUCAAGUGGCGUUGAUUGAUGGGCAUGCGAAGACGGUUUGGUGGGCGGAGUUUGAGGGGAGUGGGAUGGCGGGGAGGGACUGGAGGAAGGAUACAUCCAACACAUCGGAGGCGUCACAACAGCAGCGAUCGGAGUAUAUCACGGAGUUGGAACGAUCGGGACCGCGACUCGCGACUUGCUCAGACGACUGCACGGUGCGGAUAUGGCGCAGGAAAGCGAAAGAGGGGGAUGACAACGCGAGUAAUAAGACGGGCGUGCCUAGUAUCAUCCGCUCGGCGGCUAUCGACGAGGAGUGGUUUCAAGACGCUGUUCUGCCACGGGUUCACGAACGCGCUAUCUACUCUGUUUCUUGGAGUCGGAGGACGGGUAUGAUUGUUAGUGCGGGGAGUGAUGGUAAGGUUAUUGUUUAUAAAGAGAGGUGGAGGGGCAAUGCGUCGGAUGGAGUGGAGGAGAUGGAGGGGGAUAAGAUGGAGGUUGAUGGUGCGCAGGCAGGGGGGUCAAGGGGAUUGACGGAGUGGGUGGUUGUUGCGGAAUUGUUCUCUGGUCAUGAUGUGUUUGAGAUUAAUCAUGUUUGUUGGGCGAAGAGGGCGGACAAGGGGAGGAGGGGUGAGGAGGAGGAGGUUGUGCUAACGACGGGGGAUGAUGGGGAGGUUAGGGUGUGGGUGUUGGAUGAGGUGGAUGCGUCGAGCGCAUGA